AUGGAAGACCCAGCAGGGCGUGUGCACUACCAGCAGCUGCUGCUCUGGGAGCAGAGCUUAGAGUCUGAGGAAGAAGAGGAGGAGUUUUCAAAGCCACUUGUUCCCGACCCCUGGAAGCCCCAGGACUCCUCUGGAAGUUGGAAAGAAGCUGGCACUCGGCCAGGGGCCUGGCCCCAGCUAGUCGUCGCCCUGCUGCUGCUGGCUGUUGGCUUCUCCCUGGCCACGUGGCAACUGCACACCAGGGGUAGCUCUACAGGAACCUUGGGCCCUGUGGCCCCUCCACCCAGUGGGCACUCCCAUCGCCCCGGCGUGUACCACCACGGUGCCGUCAUCAGCCCUGCAGCCACGUGUUCCCACCUGGGCCAAGAGCUGCUUGUUGCUGGGGGCAACGUCGUGGACGCCGGAGUCGGAGCAGCUUUGUGUCUGGCAGUGGUGCAUCCUCAUGCCACAGGUCUAGGUGCCAUGUUUUGGGGCCUCUUCCACAAUAGCUCCUCAGGCAACUCAACGGCCCUGACAUCAGGCCCAGCCCAGAGCCUGGUCCCCGGCCAGGGGCUGCCCUUGGCUCUGCCUGCCCUGCACCUGCUGCACACACGCUUCGGCCGCCUGCCCUGGCCACGGCUGCUGGCGGGCCCCACCGCACUGGCUCGGGAGGGUUUCCUGGUAGACACACCUUUGGCCCAGGCUCUGGCAGCCCACGGUACAAAGGGCCUCUGUCCACUACUUUGCCACACGGAUGGGACCCCCCUGGGCCCUGGGGACCGAGCCACCAAUCCAAAACUGGCAGCUGUGCUGCGCAAGGCAGCACUUACCCCUGCCCCAGACUUUGCUUGGAAUGCCUUGCUGAGCCUGCUGGCCAAAGACUUGGGGCUGGAGGGGCCCUCUGCGGAGCCCGUGCCCACCUUGGAGCCGGCACUGAAGCUACCUUUGGCCCAGGGCAUCUUGUUCACCACCCCCAGCCCCUCAGCUGGACCAGAACUGCUGGCACUGCUGCAGGCAGCCCUGCAGUCCAAAGGACCCAGCUCUGACCCCUGCCCACCACCGCUGCCAGCUCCUGAGACGCCCGUAAGCAGUGUCCUGGCCACCGUGGACAGCAGCGGCUCUGUGCUCCUUCUCGUCUCCUCACUCAACAGCUCCUUCGGCUCUCGACACCUGUCGCCAAGCACCGGGGUGCUACUCAGCAACCUAGUGGCCAAGUCUGAAAUUAGUACAUGGGCCUGCCCCCUCAUCCUUCGUGGCAGCCCAGAUGACACAGAGGCCGAUGUGUUAGGGCUGGUGGCUUCAGGUACCCCCGCAGUCACCAGAGUCACAACUCAUGCCCUGCUCAGCCACCUGGCCAGGCCCCAAACCCAGGCCAAGCACCAGCACCAGCACCAGCAUGAGCACCAGCACCAAGCCCAGCAAGGACCGACAGAGAGCCCCAGUGUGUGUGGCCAAGGGACUGUGCUCCAGGUGGCAGCCCAUGCGGAGCAUGCCCAUGUCUCUGGUGUACCCAAUGGCUGCUGCCCCUACCAGGGGUUCUAA